AAAGUGUUUGAACGGUACGGCGAAUGUUCAAAAGCUACGUUACAUUUGCUUCCCGACCUCAAGAGCAGCUUGAAGCUUGGCAUAUGCUGCAGUUCCUUGCUCAUCACCGACUAUAACCGGGAAAGCCCGCCCUGCCUUACUAAAGGAAAAGCCUCUGCUCUGCACCAUCACUCUUCCACCGCACCAGAGGACUUGACCUUGGCACAACUCUUUUCUCCAGCCGCUAUCACGACAGACUCUGGCACUGCUCCAUUGCAGGAUGGCUAUGACUGACGUGCUCAACGCUGAGGAUAUCAAGAAGGCUGUGGGAGCCUUUUCAGCUGCUGAAUCGUUUAACUACAAGAAGUUUUUCGAGAUGGUAGGACUGAAAAAGAAGAGCCCAGAAGAUGUGAAGAAGGUUUUCCAUAUUCUUGAUAAAGAUCGAAGUGGCUUCAUUGAAGAGGAGGAAUUAAAGUUUGUACUGAAGGGCUUUACCCCAGAGGGAAGAGACCUAUCAGACAAAGAAACGAAGGCUCUUCUGGCUGCUGGAGAUAAGGAUGGUGACGGUAAAAUUGGCGCUGAUGAAUUUGCAACUAUGGUGGCUGAAUUAUAAAGGCUUUGACCAAUGCAAACCCUUCACCCAUCCUUCACUGCCCAAUUCCAACCACCUCCUGCUGGCUGCUUUGGCUCCUGUUCUAUUUAUUUAUGUUAUUUUAUACUCCAGCUCUGUUCUCUGCAAUCCUGCAACUCUGUAAUUGUGCUGAAAGACACUGUUAAAAUAAUAAAGGUCACAUCAAUCUGGGCUUUAUUCUCUCUCACUAUAACUUGUUUCUUAUUUCAUGUAGGUUUGGCACAUGCUGAGAGAAAAUUUUACUCUUUUUUGCUGACAUCCCUGCGGCUUUAUCCCUUGCUAGGGUAAAGUAGGAAGAACUAAAAGCCAAUUUUUGGGAUAAAACAUGCAUAUAAUGAGUCAUUCAGCCCAAAUUCUGAACUCUGGCAAAACUGACUGCAUUAUUUUUAAGCCAUCCCUGCUAAAUGGAUGCAUACUCAUAGCCUGGAAAAUCUCUAGUGAUGGAAAAUCUCUAGUGAUGGCAAUUACCCAACUUCAUUUGGCAGUUUGUUCUUUCGACUUAAUCAGUGUUAUAGCUAAAAAGUAUUUCCUAAUAUUUAACCUACAUCUCCCAUGCUGCAUUUUGGUGAUCAGUAAAUUGAUCCUUGUCUGUAUCAUUUGUUAAAUUUGCCUGGUGCAGGGGGAUUUUUGGAUAAAAGGUCUGACAGCAAUAUCAGUUGAUGCCAAUCAUGCAUGAGGAUAACUCUGUAAAGUAUUAAAAAGCAGUCAUUUCUGAAACACAGGAUAUGCUUACUAUCAAUGUUACACAACUAUCUAGGACAGGAAGAACAGAAUACUCAAAAGAAUAACAGCAUGAAUAUCGGGGGGGGACACCAAGAUUCAGGUGUGAUGUUGCUGUUGAUACUCUCACUGUUAAAAUA